CCGCCUGUGUCCGCCCCGUGGUGCGCCGAGGCCCCGAGGAGCCGUUGAGGGGUCGGGGCUGAGGCCCGCUCUUGUGGGUGCCAUCGCUGCUGCCGUCCUCCCGCCCGCCCGUUCCUUCUCCCUCCCAGCCGCCAUCAUGUUGGCGCUCAUCUCCCGCCUGCUGGACUGGUUUCGCUCGCUCUUCUGGAAGGAGGAGAUGGAGCUGACGCUGGUGGGGCUGCAGUACUCCGGCAAGACCACCUUCGUCAAUGUCAUCGCGUCAGGUCAAUUCAGUGAAGAUAUGAUACCCAUAGUGGGCUUUAACAUGAGGAAAGUAACUAAAGGUAACAUCACAAUAAAGAUUUGGGACAUAGGAGGACAGCCCCAAUUCCGAAGCAUGUGGGAACGGUACUGCAGAGGAGUCAAUGCCAUUGUUUAUAUGAUAGAUGCUGCUGAUCGUGAAAAGAUAGAAGCCUCUCUAAAGGAACUACAUAAUUUUCUAGAUAAGCCACAGUUACAAGGAAUUCCAGUGCUAGUAUUUGGAAACAAAUUAAAACCACAUUGA